AUGCAACAAGCUGAGUUUCCCGGCUGUGCACAGCGCAUGGGCGACAACCCAGGCGCGCGUGAAAAUGAAGCUAAGGAGCUACGCGAGGAUGCGUUGCAGCGUUUGCGUGACUUUGUGAAUGGUUUGGGAGGUGUUCCGGAUGCGAGGAUUGAUUUGGGAAUCAAAGGCAACGCAGCCAGUGGAUUGGAGCGUAAUUGGACGUUCGCCGAAGCCCAGAGGUCUUUGAUGCUGCAGAAGCAAUAUUUGGAAUUUUGCGUUGGAGGUGGUGAAGAGGAUACUGAGAUGAUGGCAGAUCAUGUUUUUCGGCCUUUGCCAGAGACGGAAGAUGCCUUUUUGGUGGAGCUGAACCAGAGGAAUGUGGGUCCGAGUGAUUAUGCUUCUGCCUUGCUUGUGGAGCACAGUCUGAAUCGCCAACAGAUUUUGGCCAUUGCGCCCAUUGCUUGGGUCAUGGAACAGAUGUGGCUUAACCGAAGCAAUCCGGACAAUUGCAUUGCGGAUGGUGCGUGCAAUGAAAGGUGCAAUUGUCUUUGGCUCGGAGCUGGUGGAUCUGGAAAGACGUAUGCAUACAGCAAAGUAUUGAGGCCACUCUUUCGACGCUUCUUUGGACAGGAUGGUUAUGUUGCUGGUGCUCCGACUCACGCUGCUGUUCGCCUCCUGGGGCCUGAGGCCAAAACUUUGCACAAGUGGGCCAAUGUGCACAAGAGCAGCAGCUUGGAUCGCCGCUCCUUGCGUUCGGCGAAGAGCAAGGGCAGCCCGAUCGAAAAGAAGAUCGAAGGCAUCAUGGCUAUGCUGUUGGACGAGUUGUCGAUGGUUCCUUCGGAUGUGUACCAUGCUGCUUCGCUUCGAUUUGCCACUGUUCGACAAGCUCGACUUAUGCUUGACAUGGGCGACUACUUGAAGCAGUGGUUUGGGAAGGUGCCCAUUGGUGUGCAAGUUGCUGACUUUCUACAAUUGCGACCCACUGCGCAAGCAUCCUUGUGCGAAUGGGUGGAUGCGCCACGAGCUACUGAUCCUGCACCGCCUCAAGAGCAAGAAGACCAAAGCGAUGCCGAAGAGGCCGUGGAGAAGGAGGCGGCUGAACGCACCAGCAAUGCCUCAGAACUUGGACGGAUCGCGUUCAAGCAAUCGCUCCAGCGAGUUGUGCACUUCACUGGAUCCGGUCGUUUUUCGAAGUGUGCAUCCGGACAGCAGCUUGUGAGGAUUCUUUUGUCCAUGCGGCGAGGCGAACAUCUGGAGGAUGCAUUGUGGGAAGCUUUGGAAUCUCGAGUGAUCAGCCGAGAGCAACUUUUUUCUGACAAUUCCUUGCGCUCAAGGUUGUUGAGUGCUCACUGGGGUGGCCUGGCGUGGGAACAGGUUGCUCGUUUACAGCAUUUGCGGGUGGCUUGGGAAGCUCAACAGAGGUCCACGACUCUUUUCUUGGUGCAAGCUAUUGAUCGUGCAUCGGGGCCCACAGAUUUGACAAGGGAGCAGAGCCUGAAGGCAUUGCAGGUUGUGAACAUGACAAGAACGCAGUAUCUCAUGGGCAUUUGUCCUUUGUAUGAAGGGAUGGCAGCACGUGUUAGUUGCAUUUUGGACAUGCCGAUGCUGAGUCGAGAGUUGCCGGUCAUUGUUCGCUCCAUUAAGUUGCACCCGAAGGAACCUGUAAUUUCAAACAGCAGUGGACGUGUCGUUUUGCGAUAUCAGCCGUUGGCCGUCUUGGUGGAGAUCGAUGACCCGGAAUAUCGUGCCAUUGAAUUGCCAGAUGGCAGUGCUCCGAAGGGACACGUUUGGCUGCGUCCCGUUACAUGUGAUCAGGCCUGGGAUCUUCCUCUUGGGGGCAAUCAAUUUAUGCAGGUUCAUCGCAAACAGUUGCCACUGGCACCUCGUCACGUUCUCACGCACUACGGUUUGCAGGGCAUCACUGCCAGACAAGGGCUGCUUGCUUUCAUGUCCAAACCGUCCUGGAUGAGUCAGGCGGACUAUGGCUUGGCUAUGUACGUGAUGUUGUCAAGGCCAACCAAGCUGGAAGAUCUGUGGAUAGUGGAUUUGCCGCCUCGCAAUGUGUUCGAAAAGUUUCUGCACGAACACAAUCCUCUUUUGGUGCAGCGGAUGCGGGAGUUUGAAGGUCAGGCCUGCGUGGACGAGCGGAAGGCCUUGAAGUAUGUGCAUAGACUUUCAUGGCAGUGCAUCCCUUGGGUGUCACAGCAUUUGUCUGCAGAUGAAAUGUCUGCUGAUCUUUUUGCUUAG